UCUAACUAGUCAAAAAGUUACACAUUGGGAUUUAACAAUUAGAAAUUGUAAAUUGAAGAUAUAGAAAUUUUUAUUGAAUUAUUUUUUGUAUGCAACAUAAGUAACAUAUUGUAAUCAUUUCAUUCUCUUCAAGAACAUCUUAACAAAAUAUGGUACAACUUCACAACGAGAUAUAAAAAACUUAAGGAAAAGGGCAAGUUAAAAGUCAGAAGAGAAUAAAAAAUGUUUCAGUACAUAUAUCCCUGAAUUAAAGUAUUACAUUUAAAUUUUCUCUUAUGGCAAUAACAGCAUAUGUGUACAAAAAAAGCAUAAGAUAUUUAAUAAUAAUACUUGCCAAAAUUUAUCCAGCACGGUGCCUUACGAUUCUAUCCAAAAAUGUCAAGUUAAAAAAUAAGAAAUUGUAGCCUAUAGCGUGUUACAAACAAACGAAGAAAUGCAAACGGAAUCAACCCAAGUCUCACUACAUUCAGCAAUAAAAAAUUGCACGACAUAAAUAAAAAAGAACAUGUUUUCAGUUUUCUUUGUGGACUGUUUCAUGUCAACGUGCUCCGUAGCAUUCGCUAGAAUUAAGGUGAGAAAAUAUUUACCAGCAUGGUCAAUGAAUGCGCACGAUUAAAGUAAAAGCGAAUAAGGCAAAAGUCAUAUUCGGCAUAGCGACGCGAAGGGUGAAAUAAUGUAGGAAAUAUGUGUAUGCGUUUAAGGAUAUACACAUCCUAUAGCGCAUUCGCGGAGAAGGUAGAGAGAAUAGGGUACGAGGGUCGAAGAGAUUGAAAACCAGAAAAACCGGUCUCUCCUUUUGGCCCCACUCUUUCGUAACGUGCACACCAUUCUCUGUGGAGGAGUCACAGGUAGGUCCGUAGCAGCUGAUGUAUCGGGUAUCGUGCCACGUCGACGCCUACCCGCAGACCACAGGUGUAUCGGUGGUGCCGGAAUGUCUGAUGACCAGGUCAAAGUAAUCAACACUUUCUGUUUUUUCACAUCUACCUACACUGUGGUGAAACACUUGAACGCCACAUCGAUAGAACUGGGCGAAGUUGCGCAUCCUGGUGUAGGACCAGCUGGCCGAGACGAUCCUGUAGUGCACCAUGCUUACUACCAAUGGGUGCCCUUCGUUCUGUUCUUGCAGGCGAUCUGCUUUUACGCGCCUCACUACGUGUGGAGGAUUGUUGAAGGGGGUCGACUGAAAGCGUUGGUGUCAGGUUUGCACAUGGCGUCCUUGGCUCUCCGCGAAACAUCUUUUAAAACCGAUAAUGGUAUUUCGGUUCCUUCGAAGGCUGAAAGUGAUGAUAAAAUACGACAGAUUCGUGUCGCCUUCAUAAAUCGGAUCCAUUUAAAUCGGCCAUGGGCGUACUACCUUGGUCUUUGCGAGGUUUUGAAUUUCAUAAACGUGCUUGUGCAAAUCUACUUGACCGAUUGGUUCCUGGGUGGAACUUUUCUUGGACUUGGUCAAGCAGUAGCGGCUGGCACUAUCGAAGGAGACAUGGAUCCCCUGGAUGUCGUAUUUCCUAAGGUGACCAAGUGUGUCUUCCACAAAUAUGGUGCUUCGGGAACCAUCCAGAACCACGACGCACUAUGCGUGAUGGCACUGAACAUCGUUAACGAGAAGAUCUAUGUGUUCCUGUGGUAUUGGUUUAUCAUUCUUGCGGUGCUAACCGGUUUAGGUUUGCUUUGGAGAAUACUCAGUAUGCUGCUGUAUGCCAGGAGCGAGCAGUUCAACAAAUGGGUGUUCUUUAUGGCCUGCCCAGGGAAAUAUUCACCAUUGGACAUUCUGACAGUUACCAAGGAAUAUCAGUUCGGAGACUGGCUGUUCCUUUACUAUAUAGUUAAAAAUGUGGACAAUUAUGUGUUCAAAGAACUCUUGCAGCAAUUAACCGAAGAUAUGCAAGAAAGACGAGCUCAAAGACAGAAUGCUAUUGAAGAGGAAGAACCGUUAACUCACUGAAUAUCAUUGAUUCAAGGUUUCCGUCGUACGUGCUUGAGCUUCGACCAAAGAACAAGAUCUGUCUUCUACAGGCAGUGUUUUGUAUAAGUACUCUUAUACAAUGGAUCAAAUCCGUUAUAUUCAAUGCUAGAAAUUUAUAACUCAUCUUUCAGUAGGAAUUGAAACAGUUUUGACCAUUUCUCAUCCCUUCGUUCGUACAAGAGAAUCCAAUCUACAUACGCCGAUUUUGAUGCAACUAAUGAGAUAAAGUUUUCUCAAAAUUAUUUCACAUGUAUUUUUUUUAAUCGCCUGUCGUACAUUUUAAAGGGGGGAUAAUAGGCCGUGAAAUUUAGGGUUAAAGGUAUGCUUUUUGGAAUAUCUUGAUAAGCAGAAGGUAUAGAACCAUCAUUUUUUUUUAAUUGUGUGUUUUUCAAUGUCGAAUACAGAUGUAAGGGAAAUUUGAAAAAAGCCAUUACUUAUUUACAUAAUAUUUAGAUAAUUUUAUUUCUUUAAAUAGUUUGUCUUGUUAAACGUUGAUAUACUUUCAAGUACAAUGUCGUACGUGAACUAUGGGCAAAAAUCGAAAAUACGUGUUCAUUUUGAUUUUUGUUAUUUAUCAUUUAGAAAUUCAUUAUGAGAAUACGCCAAUACUUAAAUGUUCCUGAUACAAUAAGCAUUUGUGCUCUACACACUACAGUAAAUAUUCGAUAUGUGCACAAAUGAUCUGUACGAUAUGUGCACCAAAGUUAUCCCCACCACUGGGGGGAAGAUCCCUUCAGACGCCGAGAAGCUCGAUCGCCGAGAAAUGUAACAUGAUCCGGGUUCGGGUAUAUCCGUGAAGCAAUGCAUAUACAAAUAUAAAACUUUUUUAUUUUUGACUUUUUCGAAAUCCAACUUUUAUCAAUAGAUUCUUUACAUUUUUCUGAUUAAAAUGAGACCAAACACGACAUAAUUUGGGCUAUAUUUACUGGUUUAAUUGACGAUGAAAGUUUUUCACGUCGAAGAGGAUAGCGAGUCAAAAAGAAAGAGACACUACGAUCGUGGCUGUCGGCAAAGAUCAAAAGUCUGUUCAAUUGUUCACAAUCCUAAUACGUUGCUAACUUUUUUAUUUUUUAUCAAAUUUUUAUAAAACUUUCUCUAUCAUGUUCGUGACAUUUUCCUGAUUAAA